UCACUAUUUUCUGUCUUUCAUUUUCUCGACGGACGACGAGGCGUUCGUUCGAUCGUAGUGUGCUCACGUCAUCUUUUUACUCGUGUAAUGUCUUAUUUCUGUGUCCCACAUGCUUAGGGGUAACCGAAUUAAGAAGAAAUCCAAGAAUCCCCGCACCAGAAGAAAAGACAGAGCGCUGGUGGACGUAAAUGUGAAUUAGAAAGUGUGUGAACUGAGUCUUGAGGUGUCUCGUGUCCGGUUUGAUCUGGUUCUUGGCAGUUCAAACCGCGAGAAGGGCUCCCUUUCCCUUGUUUAUAUUAUUUACUACUUAUUGUGUAUAAAAAUACUUUUAUUUUAACUUUGUGUUACUGCGGUAAUUUAGUGAAUUAACAAAAUGUCGGAGGAAUCGUCAGCAGAUCGGAAUGUCGAAAUAUGGAAGAUCAAGAAACUCAUCAAGAGUUUAGAGAUGGCAAGAGGGAACGGCACAUCAAUGAUAUCCCUGAUCAUACCGCCCAAGGACCAGAUAUCCCGGGUGUCCAAAAUGUUGGCCGAUGAGUUUGGCACAGCCUCCAACAUCAAGUCCCGGGUCAACAGGCUGUCCGUGCUCGGUGCCAUCACGUCUGUACAGCACAGACUAAAACUGUAUACUAAAGUCCCUCCAAACGGCCUGGUAAUAUACUGCGGCACCAUAGUCACCGAGGAGGGCAAGGAGAAGAAGGUGAACAUUGACUUCGAGCCGUUCAAGCCCAUCAACACCUCGCUGUACUUGUGCGACAAUAAGUUCCACACUGAGGCCCUGACCGCCCUGUUGGCCGAUGACAACAAGUUUGGUUUCAUUGUCAUGGACGGUAACGGAGCCCUGUUUGGUACGCUUCAGGGGAACACUAGAGAGGUGCUCCACAAAUUCACCGUUGACCUGCCGAAGAAGCACGGUCGCGGUGGUCAAUCAGCGUUGCGUUUCGCCCGUCUCCGCAUGGAGAAGAGACAUAAUUACGUGAGGAAGGUGGCCGAGGUGGCCACGCAGUUGUUCAUCAGCGCUGACAGGCCCAACGUGGCCGGCCUCAUCCUGGCAGGUUCCGCUGACUUCAAGACGGAGCUCUCUCAGUCCGACAUGUUUGAUCCGCGUCUCCAAGCCAAGAUCAUCAAGCUGGUGGACGUCUCGUACGGUGGUGAGAACGGUUUCAACCAGGCCAUAGAGUUGGCAGCCGAGUCGCUGCAGAACGUUAAAUUUAUUCAAGAGAAGAAACUGAUUGGGCGGUACUUUGAUGAGAUAUCACAGGACACGGGGAAGUACUGCUUCGGCGUGGACGACACUCUCCGCGCGCUGGAACUGGGCGCCGUGGAGACGCUGAUCUGCUGGGAGAACCUGGACAUCCAGAGAUAUGUACUGAAAUCGCACGCCACCAACCAAGAGACGAUCCUCCACCUGACCCCUGAACAAGAGAAGGACAAGUCACACUUUACCGAUAAAGAGAGCGGAGUGGAACUCGAGCUGGUCGAAUGCCAACCGCUUUUGGAGUGGCUCGCGAACAACUACAAGUCCUUCGGAGCCACCCUCGAGAUCAUCACGGACAAGAGCCAGGAGGGCAGCCAGUUUGUCAGGGGGUUCGGUGGCAUUGGGGGCCUUCUCCGAUACAAAGUGGACUUCCAAUCCAUGCAGCUGGACGACGAGGAGAUCGACAAUUUGUACGACGUCGACGACUAUUAGAUGUCGCGGAGAAGAAAUCGCACGAUUAGUCGCAAAUCGCUCGCCGCUCGGCGUCGAAGAAAAUGUUAUAAGAAUAGCUUGUAUUUACAAUGUUUCUAUUGGUCUCUGUAUAACGAUUUGUGGUUAAGCAACGUGUAUAUGACAGAACGCGUUUGUCGUCGCGACCGCACGGUGAUUAACUCGCGUUUAUUAUAGCGUUUAUAUCGUUUGGCGCUGUGGAACGUGGACUUUACAUAUACAAUCACGACAAAUAAUAUUUUCGCUAUGACCAGAUUGGUCCAUUUGCUUAUAACAUUUUAUGUAACAAAGCACUUUUGUACCUAUACAUUUCACCAUAUUUUUUUUUGUUUUUGUUAUUUAUAAUAUGUUAGAAAACAAUAUGAUUUGCACAUAAAUAAACUUGUAAAUUCACUAUUCUUAUUUGAUAAAAUCUUAAUGAUCGACCGAUUUGUUGGUAGACUAGUCGGAAUCUCUGAACACCUUUAUACCGUGUCGUAGAUUUUGAUACACAUAGUUGUUGAAUGUGGGGUUAUCGUUUAUGUUAAAUCACAAAUAUAUUUUUUUGUCAGUUA